AUGUCCGCAGAAAAUACCCCUCUCUUAUCUGAGCUUGCUCCUUCGCAUCACCGCCAUGCAUCCACCUCAUCCUCGGCAUCGUUCUUUCCACCUGCCCUCCAAAAAUUUCGUCUCGCAGUCGGCAUCAAUGUUCCUAUAACCUCACCUGCCAAUUCUCCGCCCUCUGACUUCGAAAGUCUACGUGGAAAUGCCUACGGUAUUUACAAGUCCGUUCUUAUUCAACAACGCAACUUCUCCUUGCAAUAUCAUUUUAUGGAAGGCGUAUACUAUAUCUCUAUACUCUCGCAGCUCUUUAUCGGUGGUGUCCUCGCUUCAUUUGGCCAGCUAUCCCAAAUAUAUCCGCAGGCAGUCCCUAUAUUGGGAGUUGCCAACACAUGUUUAGCUGGAGUCCUAGGACUCCUGAAGAGUCAAGGAUUGCCCGAUCGAUUACGCAAAGAUGAGUUUGAGAUGCGAAAAGUCCAGGACUUUAUCGAGGAAUGCGAUGCCAGGCUGGCAAUUGGAUGGGGAGAGACAAUCAGUGAAUCAGAGGUGGAUAGUCUGAUUAAGGAAGUUUUUGAUCAUUAUAGUGUUGCGAGGGACACCGCGGAGAUGAACAGACCGACCAAUUACACAUAUCAGUCUGACGCAGAUGGCACUGGAAAUGGAGGAGCGAUGAACCUACAGCGCAAAGUGCGUUCUGAGUCGGCAAAUCGUAGAAGUUCGAUCGGAGGCAGACAGAGUAAUAUUUCGGUCGGUGGGAAUGGGAAAUCUUUGCAGAUAUAUUAG